AUGAGUUUUCUCUUCAGUAAAAAGACCCGAGUUCCUUCCAUUGAUAUCGACCAUGAAAUGGAUCAGGAGAAUCACAAGAAUUCCAAACAACAAAAACUUCAAUCAACUACAACAACAACAUUGAGUCGUGUUCGUUCCAAGUCUUCCGUUGAUAAAUUAGAUAGUAGUAAUAAUAAUAACAAUAACAGCAACAAUGAAUCAUCACAACAAGGAACAUCUUCAUCAUGGAAUGUUCUCGGAAGGGCUAGAGCCAAUUCAUCUAAACAAAAUGCUGAUCGUUUUCAAAAGGCUGAGGAAGAUUUGGAAAGAGAACACUCUGGAGCAAUGACUCACUUGAAGGAGAAGGGAAAGAUUGGAGAUUAUGAAGAUGAACAUGAGGAGGAACAACAAGAAAAGGUUUCAAAGAGAAGGUUUAGUUUGAAGAAGAAGAAGAAUGCUGAAUUAUUGACUGAACAAUAA